CAGUCAGUGGGUGAAAGGUGCAGUAUGAAGACGGACGUAGUUCCUCUUGUGGCCGCUCUUGUGGGGGCGCUGCUGCCUCUUGCUACCGCCCAAAUAGCAUAUUGUCCAGCCCCGUACAUCCUGAUUGGCGGUGAAGCGUGCUUGUAUAUCCCAGGUGGAACCUACACUUGGGAUGGGGCGAGGGACCUGUGCCACACCAUCACUGUAGCCUCACCAUACAGCAGCCAUCUUGCGGAAAUAGAAUCGUGUAACGUGCUCUCCAGCCUCUGGAACUACAUUAAAUACAAACUCGAGAGGCCGGGAAAUUACUGGAUAGGAGGCUCAGACAGCGGCUCAGAGGGCACUUGGUACUGGGAGAGGACUACGCAGCCCGACGUGCCGAAGGGCGCUCCAUUCUGGUUCACCGAAGAACCCGACGGAGACGACCUGGAGAACCACCUUGUCGUGGCCACCAAUGGCUUCUUCGCCGACGGGCAGGGCGACCAGCUGUACGGCGUUAUCUGUCAGGCAAUAAUAUAAGAAGAGACAGGAGACGUGGGAAGGCGCAGGUAUCGAUGGCGCAGCUGAGCAAGAGACGGCAACUCCAAGAGUUUUGAUACAAUGGCGUCGCUGUGGUGAUACGACCUCCAAGACGCCCUCGGAGACCUGCUCUGACUUUUCAAUAUGAGCUAUUCCACUCCUCACGACCCUUCAGCGGCAGCCAGCGGUGUAGCAGUGCUGACUUGAGCAUGUAAUUUGAAAUAAUAUUUACUAUA